AUGUCCUUAAGGAUUGCAACCGACAUAUUUUUACGAAAGGCACAGGAGUACAGCUUCGCACGAGAGGAUAAUACAACAAACCUAUUGCAGAGUAGCUACAACCGCGAAGUCGAGCGCAUCGAUCAUGAACUUCAGCAAUAUCGCCUGCGGAAAGCAGCGACCUUUAUUCCACCAUUAUACCGCCGCCGAUGUGACCCCGCAGCAGAGGAUGUGAUUCACUUAUUACGUGAGACCAGUAAAUUGUUCGAGCUCAAUCUUCGUUUUAGAGAAAUUGAAAAGCUGGAUGAAAUACACGCAAAGCUAUGGAGACUCUUGAACAAGGGAGGCCGCAUGUACAUCACGUUACAGGAAUACAAGGAAGUCUUGAGUGAGCUCGAAAAGGAAGGCUCUGAUGCCGACGAGGAGGAAGAUCGUGCGAUGACGGCGGCUCCAGCAUUCAUUGCCCUUACUCCGGCCGCGCGUUCCGGCAGCGUCACGCGCACUUUGACGGAUUCGGUGACUUCCAAUAGCCCGCUAAGGUCUCCUGUCCAGCCCCCCUCAGGGGAUCGAAGCACCCCGGACGGUGGUCCAGCACAGCUCGUGCAUGAUGAAUCGGAGUCCAAGUUGAAGCCCCCGACUCCCCCUCCGGCUCCCUCUGACCCCUCCCACAGCACCAUCGUCCCCACUCGAGAGCAGAGCGUGUACCAGGUGCCCAGGGCCCCCAGCACGCUGAGCGAGAUACUUUACUUACCAUACGUGGAUAGCCCAUGCCUCGGACUUGGGCUGUUUUUGUCCUGCCCAUGCAGUCCACAGCACCCGAAGAGCGUUGAUAUUGCCGCUAUUUAUCAAAUUUUCGUGAAAAAAGUGUCCCUGGUCAAGUGUGAGGCAGAACUGCUGAUGUGGGAUGCCGACAAUGACGGUAAACUGACAGAAGAGGAGAUUGAAAGUUAUGUUGGAGACUUGGUGCCACGUAUCGCGGCGUUGCGGGGGAUGUCCGAGACCAAUCUGCCUUUUUACUGCUGUACUGUCACCCGCCGCAUCUUUUGGGACCUCGAUCAGGGGAAUCGUGGGUUUAUUCGCAUCAGUGCAUUGCUGCAAAGCCCUGUCAUGGAUGAAUGGGUGACCUUGCAGCUUCAGGCUGAGGAUAGUCCAAACAGCUGGUUUGGUGCGAUAGCAACGCAGCAACUGUACGCGAAAUUCCUGUUGUUAGACACACGCAACGCCGGCACUCUCGAUGUGGCUAGUCUUAAAUUAUACAAGAAGGGUUUACCGACGAUCAUCGAUGAUGGACUGCCACCAGAUGUCAGCCCACUUAGUUCGCUUUUUAUUGAUCGAUAUUUCGAGACAAAUACAAUGCCGACUAAUCGGGAUAUGGAUUAUCGAAGGUUUGUAGACUUUGUGGUUGCCGUGGAGAUGCUACCACAGUGUAGCCGGCCGGUUUUUUGGUGGGAUAUCCUAGAUCUUGAGGGGACGGGGGUCAUAACUCCACUGAUAGCUAACUUUUUUUUCAAAGAAACACAUGCCAAGCUGGUAUCUGCCAAGCUGGAUGUGCCUUCCAUUGAGUCGGUGAUAGAAGAAGCUUUUGAUCUUAUCCAAAGUGCGGAGCCACUGCGCAUCAGACGAGAGGAGUUUAUUGCAUCACCUCAAGCAGGCCUGUUUGCGGGGAUGUUAGUCGAUUGCUUAUGUUUUUGGACCUAUGAGAGCCGCGAGCAUAGGUAA